GUUGAAAUGGCACUAGCACUUACAGGAACUAUCACGUCUGUAAUCUGAAGAGGAAAUAACGACCUGUGACUGAUUUGACCAUAUUCGCGUUCAAAACAAGGUAGGAUUAAUUAAGGGCUGAGAUUCUGCCUUCAAAUUAAAUUUUCUGAGCUGGAAAGGACUGAUCUGUGUACCUCCUUGGAGGUGGAAAAACAAAUUCAGAUUCUUCAUCAAAAAUAAACUUCAAGCAUUCAUUAUGACUGAGGAAACGAUUGAGAUGACCACAGAGUUUUUCUAUGAUGAAUCCACUGUUCAAUGUGACCAAACAGGCAUCCACUUAUUUGGGAAGGUCUAUGUACCAAUACUUUAUAGCCUUGUGUUUAUUAUCGGGCUGUUUGGAAAUCUCCUGGUUGUUUUUACCAUUGUGAAAGGUGGGCACAGAAAGAGCAUCACAGACAUAUUUCUCUUGAACUUAGCCACCUCUGAUCUGCUCUUUGUGAUUUCUCUUCCGUUUUGGGGUUAUUAUAUUGUACGGGGAUGGACUCUUGGGAACCUUUCUUGCCGAAUAGUUUCCUCUUUCUAUUCUAUUGGUUUCUUUGGAGGCAUGUUUUUUAUCACUGUCAUAAGCAUUGAUCGGUAUCUGGCAAUUGUCCACGCAACCAUUUUCAUGAAAGGCAGGACAGCCAGGCAUGGAUUUCUCACUAGCCUGGUAGUAUGGGUGCUGGCAAUUCUGUGUGCUGCUCCUCACUUUGCAUACGUACAAAAGUUAGAGAAUACAUGUGCUCCUCGGUAUCCUCCAAAUCUUGUGAAUACCUGGCCAGUUUUCUGCAAUUUAGAAAUAAACAUCAUAGGGUUUCUUCUCCCAAUGGUCAUCAUGAGCAUCUGCUAUCUCAGGAUCAUCAAAACCUUGUUCACCUGCAAAAAUCACAGGAAAAGAAGAGCCAUGAGGCUGAUUUUACGGGUGGUGCUUGUGUUUUUUCUAUUCUGGACCCCACACCAGGUAUCAAUUUUUCUGCAAACAUUAAAAUUUUUCAACAUUUUUGAGAGCUGCAACGUCUUGAGAUUUUUAUAUUAUAUUAUGCAUGCAACAGAAACCCUGGCUUUCAGUCAUUGUUGUCUUAAUCCAAUCAUCUACGCUUUCGCUGGUGAAAAAUUUAGAAAGUACCUUUGUCAUCUGGUUCUCAAAAGCCUCUCAUUCGUUUGUUUUUGUGGGCCUUGUAGUCACUACCAUGACAGAGCUCCUACUUCCCUUACAGACAUCGUCCCAACGAGCAACCACACUCAGAAUACCAGUGACCAAGAUGGUUCAGUCUUGCUCUGACAAGCAUUGACUGCUGGAGUUGUCUGGAGUGCUCAGCUCUAGUUUGACAUAUAGAUACCACAUCUGUGGGGCCUCUGGUUUUGACAAAGCCACAGAAUUUGUACACAGCCUGCAAUAUGCCACUUACUCUCCUGGAAGACAGAAAUGAAUUUGGAUCAUUUUAAUAUGCUGGAAAACUAAAGUUUGUGCAUUGCUGCAUUACAUGUUUGUACAGAGCUGUAGCCUGAUUAUUAGUAAUAGCUAAUAAAAGUAAUCUUAUUUAAAGCA